GCUGUUUAAGUGAGUGCUUCCACUUUUUAACUUGGUCCUGCAAGAACUGCUUAGAAUUAAGGGCAUCGCGGUGUAAGGACACACCUGCCGUUCCAGAUGAAGUAAAAAGGAACUGACAUUUCCGGUUGGGGAUUUUAAAGUCUGCAUUAUGACUGGCAUUUUCUCACCAGAAGCAAAGAGCACCUGUUGAACCGAGAGAAGCGAAACGGCGACAGCCAGACACUCGUGAUUUCCAAGCUGUGCUGCGGUUGGGAGUCAUUCCAAGCAGAGUCAUGCCUGUGGUUAAAGUGGAGAGCGAUUCUCCCUCGGAAAGCACUCUUCCAGUGAAUGACAGUCAGAGAAGUCGCCGGAGGAAGAGACCGCUUCAGCGAGGCAAACCACCAUACAGCUACAUCGCUCUGAUCUCCAUGGCCAUCGCCAACUCUCCCGACCGCAAGCUCACUCUAGGGGGCAUCUACAGGUUCAUCACAGAGAAGUUUCCUUUCUAUCGAGACAACUCCAAGAAAUGGCAGAACUCCAUCCGCCACAAUCUGACCCUCAACGACUGUUUCAUCAAGAUUCCCCGAGAGCCCGGCAGACCCGGAAAGGGCAACUACUGGGCGCUGGACCCCAAUGCCGAAGACAUGUUUGAGAGCGGAAGCUUUCUACGACGGCGAAAGCGAUUCAAACGCAGCGACUUCGCGACGUACUCAGCGUACGAGUCUCCCGUCUUCUCACCAGUCCAGAUCGCGCGCUCGGUCUACUCCAACAUGAGCCCACCGUCUGCCUACUACCAGUCCUCCUCUCCGAGCUUCAGCGCCGGUCAGUCCAGGGUCUUCAGGAUCAACUCUCUCAUCGGCUCAGAGAUGAUGCCUCAGCAGUCCUGCCGCAGCUUCAGUCCUGAGAGUUUGGGAGGACCGGGCUUCCAGCAUCAGUCCUGCAGCGGGGACACGGUGCUGUCGUGCUGCUCCAGUACCUCGAAUAACAUGGCCUUUGCCUACUCCAGUCCAGGACAUGGACAAGCUCAGGUAUCGUAUCCUCAAGGCAGCAGCCAGGCCUACGGGCCGACGGGGAGAGUGGCCAUCUCCAGUUUGUCUCCCAUCGCUGGAGAUGCUGUCGGAGACCCAUACAGCAGAACCUCCCCAGCGCAGCUGGGCUCUUUUGUUCAGUACAAUAACUCUGGUGCAGUAGGAAGCUCAGGAGCCUACAUCAGGCAUCCAGCUUACUCAGGUAACAUGGACAGGUUCGUGUCUGCCACCUAAAUAAGUGCGAGGCUGAUUUUCUCCACUGUGGCACACGGGAACAUUUGGAGAGUCUAUUUUAGUAAAUAUGCAAACCAUUAACUGUGAUAUUUAAACUGAUGUUGCUAUUGUUUUAUUGUGAUUCCAUCACUAAAUAACCUCAAUCGACACAUGUACAGACACAAAGUGCUCAAGUUAAAGGCAAAUGUUUACAAAAAUCUAACUUUUUUUUUUUUAGGGAGGGUCUGUUUACUAUUA